UCAAGCCGAAUACAAUUACCAAACCCAAACUCGCCUUUGCCUCCAUCAUGCCAUCGCCGAGACAAGACAAAUAGGACUCUAUCUAGAGAGGAAAUGGCCGUCUUCCUACUAAAUCUUAUAACAUUCCUCUUUCUACCACAACUCCAGGCAAUUGCAGCAGCAGCACAAGCUCCAGGCAAGUGCAGUGGCUGCUGCGGCGACGGUCUGGUGAUCCGGCCGCCGUUCCGUCUUAAACCCCGUCGUGAUGAUCAUCAGGCUGCUACAGCAGGAGGCGAUGACUGUCUCUUGCCCCGUUACUAUCUUUCCUGCGCCCAGAAACGAACUUGGCUAGAGCUCUCCCCCUCUCUGAAACUGCCUGUCAAGUAUAUCGACUAUGCAUCACACGUUAUCCACACUUCUUAUCCUGAUCUUGACUGCUGUACCAAACACUUUCCAGACACCAUCAAUGUGUCUUCUUGUCCCUUCCGAUUCGCAGAACAUUACAGUACUUUAACUAACUUCAGCCUCUUCCAGUGUUCAUCCACAAAGCCGGACAGUUACUCGUCUGGUUACCUUAGUGACCCCAUUCGCAAUGUUUAUGCUAUACCUUCGGGCGCUUCCUUCGCGUCUUAUCCCAUGGUGUCCUGCACAAAGAUGUGCGAGAUUUAUUCAUUUCCAGAUAUUACCUACUCAUCUCAUCGAGAGCUUAGAUUCAACUGGUCCCAAGUCGCUUGUCUAUGUCCCCGAGAGCCAGAAAUCAGCCAUAGCCAACGCAAAAUUGCAGAUUUGCUCCGAGGCUUAUUUUUUCUCCCCAUAACAAUUAUAGCAUUGUAUUGUGUCUUUAACUGGAUUAAAAUAAAAAAAGAUGAUCAAGCAAAGAUCAAGCAAUUUUUGGAACACUAUAGAAGUCGCAAGCCUGCAAGAUAUUCCUAUGCCGACAUCAAGAAAAUCACCAACAAAUUCAAGCACAAAAUAGGCGAAGGAGGCUAUGGAACAGUGUACAAAGGAAAGCUCUCUAAUGACGUCCAUGUUGCAGUCAAGAUCCUCCACGAUAUCAAGGGAAAUGGAGAAGAGUUCAUCAAUGAAGUGAGAACCAUAGGAAGAAUUCACCACAUAAACAUUGUUCGUUUAGUUGGCUUCUGCGUUGAUGGCUUUCGAAGGGCUCUUAUUUACGAGUUUUUGCCCAAUUAUUCACUGGAAAAGUUCAUUUCAUCUGAUAAGGAGAGACUCUCGUUAGGGUGGGAAAAGUUACAAGACAUUGCUCUGGGCGUAGCCAGAGGAGUUGAAUAUCUCCACCAAGGUUGUGAUCAACAAAUACUUCAUUUCGAUAUUAAACCUAACAAUGUCCUGCUAGAUCAUAGAUUCAACCCAAAAAUAUCUGAUUUUGGUCUGGCAAAACUGUUUUCCAAAGAACAAAGUGUGGUUUCAAUGACUGCUGCUAGAGGCACCGUAGGCUAUAUUGCACCAGAAGUAUUCUCUAGAAAUUUUGGGAAUGUGUCAUUCAAAUCAGACGUAUAUAGUUUUGGAAUGCUCCUACUAGAAAUGGUUGGUGUGAGGCAAAACAGUGCUGCAAAACAAGACAACUCAGAAAGCGAAGUUUACUUCCCUGAAUGGAUUUAUGAACAUUUGAAUCAGGGGGUAGAGGCAGUGCCAAGCAUCCAAGUGGAACAAGAAGAAGAUGCAAGGAUUACUAGGAAGCUAAUUAUUGUGGGGCUUUGGUGCACGCAAUGGUACCCAAUGCACAGGCCAUCAAUGAAAGAUGUGGUGCGGAUGCUAGAAGGUGAUGAUGAAGGCACAUUGAGGGUGCCCCCAAUUCCACAUGUUGCUACUAAUCCCUUCAUGACCAGAGAAAAAAUUAGUGCAACGGUGACAUCUACUAGUUAUUUAGAAAUCAUUUCCGAAUCGGAGUGAAAAUAAACAUGUAUUAAUUGUAUCAUAGCCUUGUGCCCAAUAAGGCUGUCUAUCAGCUAUUUAUGUAAUAAAUUACUACCGAAUUGGAUUGAAGAAUAAUUAUGUGAUAUGUAAUAGCAUUUAUACUAAA